AUGUCACUCGUUAAUGAGAUGAGCGUGGAUCACCACGUUAGUGGGGACUCGAAGAACCCCCGCAACGAAGCCGUCCCAGUGGAUGCGCCUGUCAAUCUGCUGGGUCAAAGCAGUCCAGGUGUUCGUCGAAUCGAAAUUAUAACAUCGCACUUCCGAUUGCCCGAUCGGAUCUGCCUCUUUUUCGCUACUUUCCUGAUCGCCUAUGUAUACGGCUUGGACGGAACCGUUCGUGCUACAUACCAGCCCUAUGCUACUCAGAGUUACGGUCAACACAGUCUUCUUGCGACUAUCAAUGUUCUCCGGGCUGUCAUCGCUGCUGCUGCACAGCCGACGGCGGCAAAAAUUGCAGAUGUGUUCGGCAGAGUUGAACUGAUCCUUGUCUCGAUUCUCUUCUAUACCGUCGGUACGAUUGUGGAAGCAACAGCAACGAGUGUGGAAGGGUUCGCUGCGGGAGCUGUUAUCUACCAGAUUGGAUACACCAGUAUAAUGCUUCUGGUUGAAGUUUUAAUCGCCGAUGUAACCUCUAGCCGAUCUCGCCUCCUUUUCUCCUACAUCCCAGCAUUGCCGUUUAUUAUCAAUACUUGGAUCAGCGGCAACUUGACUGCUGCGGUUCUCAAGGCCACCACAUGGCAGUGGGGCAUCGGCAUGUUUGCUAUUAUCUAUCCUGUGUGCGCUCUCCCUCUUAUUGCUGUCCUUUUUGUCGUCCAACGACGCACAAAGAAGACUGGGGCACUUGAAUCAUACAAAAGCUCUCUCCAGCUGCUGGGGAAAACGCAACUGGCUGUCGAAUUGUUCUGGCAUUUGGACAUCGUUGGCAACAUUUUGUUGAUUGGCAUGUUGGCCUGUAUUCUUGUUCCAUUCACCCUCGCUGGAGGCGUAACUGCACAGUGGAAGACAGCAAAGGUAAUUGCGCCACUUGUCAUAGGCAUUUUGCUGAUUCCGGUCUGGAUUUUCUGGGAGAAAACCUGCAAAUACCCGAUGCUGCCAUUUAAUCUUCUCAAAGACCGUGCUGUCUGGGGCGCCCUGGGAAUCGCUGUUAUGCUUAAUACAGCGUGGUACUUACAGGGAGAUUUCCUAUACACGGUGCUUUGUGUGAGCUUCGACGAAUCAGUCGCUAGUGCGACUCGGAUCACGUCUCUUUACAGUUUCACUUCCGUUAUCACAGGCGUUUUUCUCGGCCUCAUUGUUAUGAAGGUUCGCCAAUUGAAGCCCUUCAUCGUGUCCGGAACCCUCCUCUUCAUGGUUGCGUUCGGAAUCCUCAUCUAUUUUCGAGGUGGCGUUGCGGACUCUAGUCAUUCUGGUGUCAUUGGUGCGCAAAUUCUGCUAGGAAUUGCGGGUGGAAUGUUCUCUUACCCAGCUCAAGCCAGCAUCCAGGUUGCGUCUAAGCACGAACACCUCGCUGUGAUUACUGGUCUCUAUCUUGCCGCCUACAACGUUGGCAGUGCACUAGGGAACACCAUCUCAGGAGCGAUCUGGAACCAAGUCUUGCCUUCUGAACUGAACCAUAGACUUGGCAACGAAACCUUGGCUGCAGAGGUAUACGGCCAGCCUCUUGCAUUUGCAGCGGUCAACCCUGUGGGUACGCCUGACAGAGACCACGUCAUUCUCGCCUAUCAGAAGACACAGCGCCUGCUGUGCAUCACGGGUAUCUGCUUGACGGUGCCUUUGAUUGCAUUCGCUCUGGUCAUUCGCAACCCGACCCUCACGAAGGAGCAGAGUCUUUCCAAGGCGGAGGAGGAGAGCAGUGAUUCUGAUCUUUCCGCUAGGUGA